AUGUAUUCAAAGAUUUUUAUUUACUGCGUGAUAAUUAUUGCUGUAACCGCGCAUAAACAACCAAAUAUACGUCAGAAUUUUGUUAUUGAUGCUAAUGUUGGCUCUGGUCAUGAUUAUGGGCAUGUACAACCAAGUGAACAACAAGAUCAUGUACACAUAGAUGAAGACUAUGAGGAUCAUCCAAAGUAUGAAUAUAAAUAUGGCGUUGAAGAUCAUCACUCUGGAGAUCAGAAAUCACAUCAUGAAGAACGUGAUGGUGACGUAGUCAAAGGAGAGUAUUCUUUGGUGGAAGCUGAUGGUACUAUUCGUACUGUUAAGUAUACAGCUGAUAAACAAAAUGGCUUCCAAGCUAUUGUAAGCAAAACUGGUCAAAAUGACAAAAAACAAGAUGCAGCCCAACGUGAUCAUGAAUAUCAACCACGUUAUCAAUAA